GGACACUACGUAGAUCCUUCUGGUUGUUCCAGACGCUUUGGUGGAUGCGGGAAGGCGAGGUUCUUUUCCUCCUUUGCACCCCAGCAAUCUGGAAUGGAAGACCAUCUGCGGGAGGGGACCUAGAUUGCUGUUGCAAAGAACGGGCAGUCCCCGGGCUCCGUUUGUCCAGCUGGGGAACAGACUGGGCUACCAAAGGCCUGGAAGCACCUCUUUUAACCCUUCUCUCUCUGGGGAGGUGCACGCCCCUUUCCAAGCAGCGCCUUUGGCUGAGAGUCUGGUUCCCAGUUCCUACUGGCCCAUAGAAGAAUUUGGAGGUUGCGUGGGUUCUGGAGCUGUUGAAAACCCUCUGGCCCUGCCUGCUCGGCCUCCCACGUGCAGGCGUUUAGGGGCACAGCCUUCUCUGCGACCGCCCUGUAUAAGUCUGCUGCUCUCCUGGAAUCAGCGGGGAGAGAGCAGAGCUCAGCGCAGUCCCCUUUUCUGGGCCCGGCGCCUUGGCCAGACCCUUCCGGAAGAGACGUCGACUCCUCAGGGCUCCGCGGAGGAAUCCUGAGGUCGGUCACCCCCCUCCUGGGGCACCCCUGGAGCAGCGAGCUCCCAGUCUCCCCACGGCAAGCUUCAGAGCCCCAAGGAGCGGGACGGGGAUUCCCUCAGCGCAGACUCCGGGUGCAGCUCCUGAGCACAAAGGCCACACCCUCACAGGCCAGGCAUCGCGGGGGAUAGAGAAUUGGCUUCUGCCGAAUUACCUGGAUACCUGAGGCCAUUGAUAGGAUUUUCAGUCUACAUGUGACAUGUACCCAAGCAAGGACAGGAAUAAUGAAGAGACACGUGUGUUAGUUACAACCUUUUGAACCAAGCAAGGAGGAAAUCAACAGUGUGGACAGGGCUGGAACCGUUGCCACGCUUGCUUGUUGGAGUGAAUGAGGAAUGGGCUUGUGAUUAUGCUGACAUUUCAGCAUGAAUCUGGUAGACCUGUGGUUAACCCGUUCCCUCUCCAUGUGUCUCCUCCUACAAAGUUUUGUUCUUAUGAUACUGUGCUUUCAUUCUGCCAGUAUGUGUCCCAAGGGCUGUCUCUGUUCUUCCUCUGGGGGUUUAAAUGUCACCUGUAGCAAUGCAAAUCUCAAGGAAAUACCUAGAGAUCUUCCUCCUGAAACAGUCUUACUGUAUCUGGACUCCAAUCAGAUCACCUCUAUCCCCAACGAGAUUUUUAAGGACCUUCAUCAACUGAGAGUUCUCAACUUGUCCAAAAACGGCAUUGAGUUUAUCGAUGAGCAUGCCUUCAAAGGCGUGGCUGAAACUUUGCAGACUCUGGACUUGUCUGACAACCGGAUUCAAAGUGUGCACAAAAAUGCCUUCAAUAACCUGAAGGCUAGGGCCAGAAUUGCCAACAAUCCUUGGCACUGCGACUGUACUCUACAGCAAGUUCUGAGGAGCAUGGCAUCCAACCACGAAACAGCCCACAACGUGAUCUGUAAGACUUCUGUGUUGGACGAGCACGCCGGGAGACCAUUCCUCAAUGCUGCCAAUGACGCUGACCUUUGUAACCUCCCUAAAAAGACUACUGACUAUGCCAUGCUGGUCACCAUGUUUGGCUGGUUCACCAUGGUGAUCUCCUAUGUGGUAUAUUACGUGAGGCAAAAUCAGGAGGAUGCCCGGAGACACCUGGAAUACUUGAAAUCCCUGCCGAGCAGGCAGAAGAAAGCAGAUGAGCCUGACGACAUUAGCACUGUGGUAUAGCGUCCGAGCCGACCAGCGCUGAGAAAGAAAUUUGUUGGCAGUUGCGAUAGAUAAGUGGUUUACUUCUCCCAUCCAUUGUAAACAUUUAAAACUUUGUAUAUCCAUUUCUUUUGACUUAUGCCACUGUUGAACUUUUAACAAACAUGACAACAUAACGAAUCAUUUUAGUUUAGGUGACCCACCCCUUCCUUGUACCCCCAGUGGUAUAUUCCUUGAGUAAGCUACUCUCUGAACAUAAGUUAGAUCCAUCUCACUAUUUAAUAAUGAAAUUUAUUUUUUUAAUUUAAAACCAAAUAAAAGCUUAACUUUGAA